AUGGAAACAUAUUUUGGUUACGUAAAAACACCACAAGACGCUAUAUUACUAUUCGAGGCAUGCCGUAUUGGGUACUUGGCACGUAUACAACGUCGUCUUUCCGAAAGAGAACGAUCGGCGAUACGCUCGGGUUCAGUAUUCGUGUGGGAUGAACGUGAGGCCGGGAUGAGAAGAUGGACAGACGGAAAAAGUUGGUCGGCCAGUCGAGUAAGUGGAAGUUUUCUCACAUAUCGUGAAUUGGAGUCAAAACGAAAGACCAAUUCGCGGGGGAGCAAUAAUCCGAAUGACUUGUCAAGUGAGGAUACGGAUUCUAGCGAAUCAUAUAGUAAUAGCGGGAAAAAGAUCACCACAACCACGGAACAAUGUCGAUAUAAGCACGGUGGAUUGGUAAAACAGUCGUUCAGUAUCACGACAAAUAAUCAUCAAAAGCUUCAUUUGAUCUGUUAUUACACCAAAGCUGAUGUCAUCGGUGAGAAAUUACAGAUCCCAUUGCAGGAUGAGAAACUUAAAAUCAUUCAGAUCCCAAAAGGAAUGUAUCCGGAAACUCAAAAUGUUGAUGGUACCGUCGGUCCACAUGGGGGUCAUUAUCCUGAUAGUCGAAUCGAGCGAUCUUUAUCACCGAAUCCAUAUUGGCAAUUGCCACAACCAACUUCAUCUCAUCUGCCUGGUAGCCUACCAAACGCACUGCUUCAUGGUGGCAAUAAUUCUUCACAUGCUCAUCAUCAACAUCGACAUUCCUCAGGUGGACAAGAACCGAUGCAAAUUGAUACUCCACAUUCAGCAUGCUCGACGCCAUCAAUUUCAUCUUCACCCUCGACAAUUGAAGAAGAUUAUACUGAUUAUCGUCGACAGAAUCUAUCUGCAAUUGGAGCACAUCUUGGCUCAAAUUCAAAUGGAUCAAGUAUAUCGUUGCCGUCAUAUCCACCCGCUAACUACAUUCAACCAUCCGAAUCAAAUUCAACAUCCGGAGCAAGCUUCUCUGGCGGAUCACAGCCAAUAAAUAUUCCUGCUCCUGGAAGAUUCGUAUUUCCACCACCACAACAAUCACCAUUCCCAUCCUCAUACCCCCCUCAUUCUUCAUCAUCGCAUCAUAUCCAACAGUCAAGUAAUAAUAAUAGCAAUGGUUUGGUUAGAUUAGGCUCAAUUUAG